AUGCAGUUUUAUAUAAGCGUAUUCAAGCACAAAGCUGUUUCUCGAAUACCCUUUGUGUCUCGUCGUUUAUCUCUUCCAGCAUUCUAAACAUUCUUGUGUGGAGAAUGCGAAAAAAUACUUGUAUGCAAAUGGCUCAUUAAGCUGAUCUAAAUGGCUCUGAACUUUGCCGCCCUUUGUGAGUUGGGGCACAUUGUAAAUGUUUAA